AUGCCUCGAGCUGACCUACGACCUUUGGCUCCUCCGCCCUCAGAGUGCGGCUCCAGGCCUCAGUACACUCAGAGCACUCGUAUCGUCGGCGGGAACAUCUCCAAGCCGGGUCAGUUCCCGUGGCAGGUCAGCCUCCACUUCAGCAGCGAACACCUGUGCGGCGGCUCCAUCGUGACGUCCCGCUGGAUCCUGACGGCGGCGCACUGCGUGUACGGGUUUGCGGACCCCUUCAUGUGGACGGUCCACGUGGGGCUGACGGAGCAGCAGGUCCAUGGGGCUCAGUCUCUGCCUGUGGAGCAGAUCAUAUACCACGCUCGCUACCGGCCCAAAGGACUCGACUACGACAUCGCGCUCAUGAAACUGGCCACUGCACUCAAUUUCAAUGGCUUCGUGGAGCCCAUCUGUCUGCCCAACCACGGGGAGGAGUUUGAGGAGGGGACCAUGUGCUGGAUCUCCGGGUGGGGAGCGACGGAGAGUGAAGGUGAAACCAGUCUGGCUCUGCGCUCUGCCAUGGUGCCACUGCUCUCCACCAAGACCUGCAACCAGCCGGAGGUUUACCAGGGCCUCAUCUCGUCCUGGAUGAUCUGUGCAGGAUACCUGGAGGGAGGAACCGACUCCUGUCAGGGGGACAGUGGAGGUCCUCUGGCCUGUGAGGACUCGUCCGUGUGGAAGCUGGUGGGAGCGACCAGCUGGGGGAUCGGCUGCGCCAUGAAGAACAAACCGGGCGUUUACACUCGCAUCACACAGUCGCUCAGCUGGAUCCGCCAACAGAUGGAGAGGGAAGAGGCUCUCAGUUCUCCAACUUCAGACAACUGAACCGCCUCGUUGCUUCUCACAGGACUCUGUUUGGAUGUUUCCACAAACACACACACAAAAAACAACAACCAGAAACUGUUUGACACCAGGAACGACGGAGACUUUGAUCCACACAAAACCUGUUUGUGACGGAGCAGAGAGAAGAGACGGUGCACAGCAGAGAGUUAGGCAUCGUUUAUUCCAAAAUAGAAAGCUCUAAGGCAAAACAGACAAGAGAAAAGUGAAGAACGCUUCAUAAAAAGCAAGACAGACGCAAGUGAGGAACCGAGAGCUCAGCGAGGGCCCACCCAGACUCACUACACCCUCGGGCUGCAUGAAAUUAACCAUUUCAAGUCCUUACGAGAGGGUUCAACCAGGUUACUGCAACUAUUGACAGACAACUGUUGUACAGUACAAUAUUACAGAUAUUCAAACAAGAGGCACCCCAAUUUGUGCAGUAAUAUCAACAUAUUGAUAAAGAGAAUUCAAAUCUUUCACUACACUGUGUAUGUAGUGGCGGCGGCGGCGGGGGGGAGGGGGAACGACGGAGGCCGCAGCGCUUUAGUCCCAGUCCUUCAGGCGAACAAGGAGUUUCCAACUGCUCUUUGUUUUCAACGCAGUAGCAUGUACGUGUACAUAAAUAAAAGUUUAAUGCGUGCAAAAAGUC